AUGGCCAAAUUUGCAGAUGUCUUUGGUCGCUUUGAGGCAUUCUGCAUCGCUGUUUUUAUCUAUGUUCUUGGAUACAUACAGAUGGCUGCAUCACAAAACGUUGAGACCUAUGCCUCUGCCCAGAUAUUUUACUCCGCAGGAUCAACUGGACUACAGAUAUUACAACAAGUAUUCAUUGCAGAUAGUAGUAAUCUGCUGAACAGAGCAAUAUUUGCUAAUCUUCCGGAUAUACCCUUUUUAUUUACCGUUUGGCUUGGACCGAUGAUUGCGUCUUGGGUGCUCAAGCAACUCAAUUGGAGGUGGGGAUAUGGCAUGUGGGCUGUACUUCUGCCGUCAGCAUUCCUCCCCUUGGCUCUAUCAUUAUACAUCAACCAGAGGAAGGCCCAGAAAUUGAACCUGUUAAAGUCCAAACCAUGGAAGGGUAAAGGGUUGAAGAAGAUCCUUCGCAGCGCAUGGUUUGAGUUGGAUGUGUUUGGUCUGAUUUUACUAUCUGCGGCGGUGACGUUGAUUCUUGUCCCCCUGACUUUGGCUGCCCAUGCAAAGGAUACCUGGCGGAAUGGAGGUAUCAUUGCCAUGAUUGUUAUCGGAGGCGUAUGCUUGAUAGCAUAUCCAUUCUGGGAGACAUCCAAACGCCUUGCUCCGCACCCCUUGCUAUCAUUGGGCCUCCUUCGCCAGAGAUCAGCCCUCGCUGGAUGUGCAUUGGCUUUCUUCUAUUUUAUGGCUUUUUAUUUCUCUGUUCAGCCUUAUUUCUACUCUUACCUGCAAGUGGUGCAAGGAAAACCUGUUGUCACUGCGGGGAGAAUCACCCAAACCUUCUCUUUCAUGUCCACAAUUGCAGCCCUCGUCGUCUCCUUCAUGAUCAAAUACUCAAAAAGAUAUCGUCCGUUUGUUACUUUCGGCUGUGUCGUUUACAUCCUCGGACUGGCCUUGAUGCUGCUCACUCACAAGUCUGGAAAGUCCACGCUGCAAAUUCUUGUCGUCCAAUCCAUUAUUGGUCUAGGUGGUGGACUCGUUAAUGUCCCCGUUCAACUUGGUGUACAAGCUUCGGCAAAUCACCAACAGGUAGCUGCAGCUACUGCUAUGUUUCUCACUGCCCUCGAAAUGGGCGGAGCUGUGGGGUCUGCUGUAUCGGGUGCCAUCUGGACUAGUUAUUUACCACACAAACUAGUGAAAUAUCUCCCAGAUGAAACAAAGGGAGAAGCCACUGAAAUCUUCGGAAAGUUGACCAAAGCCCUAUCAUACCCAAUGGGCUCGCCAACUAGGGAUGCCAUCAUUCGCUCUUAUGAAGAAACUAUGCAGAUUCUCUUGACCAUUGCCCUUUGCGCUUGCAUACCUUUGAUCCCUUUGAGCUUGCUCAUGAAGAACUAUGAGCUUGAUAAGGCAUGUCCUCUUUGCUUAUUCUUGCUUCUCUUUAAUGUUCGAACAGAAUUUCUAACAUUCUUUUCUGCUUUUAAGGUCGAUCAAAGAGUCAAGGGUAAAUUGAUAGGAAACAUUGGUGAUAGCGAGGAUGCAUCUCCUAUAACCCCACAGUUAAGUGCAUUCCCUCCCCCUAACCUGAGCCCGACGAAACGGCGCUCCCAACACCAUCUCCGGCCUUGA